UUGUGGGAGCGCGUCUGCAGAAUGAAUUCCUUGGUGUCGUCAGUUCCGUAAAACCUCUUGGCAUUAAAAAAGAAGAUAGAGGAUUAUUUACGAGGAGUCAGAGGACAAACGCACUGAGAACAAGACUUUACCUGGCUGUGCCAUUAAAAAUUUUCUUAAACAAGAGCACUAGGUUGUUUCCCACGGACAGUUUUUUCCUCGGACUGACAAAAGACACAUCAGUCUGCUCGAAGCCGCGCAGGAACUGGGAUGCACUGCCGUUAGCCUGUUAUUAGCUCGCUCGCUAGCUUCCCCGAACAGCCCUGGUUUUACGACGGGACCAAGCACACCGCAUAGUGCAUUAUGACAGACAGCAUUAUGAGUAAAGCAGCCACAAUGGAGAUUCCAAUCAACAGUAAUGGUGACACAGGGACACUACCAGAGGACGACAGCCUUGAACAGGCUGCAAAACUGCAGUGGAGCUUAGAUGAGAAGUUAGGGGGCUCCAGAGGCACCAGGGAUCUACAGCAGGUGAUGGUAUCAGGUCCCAAUCUCAAUGAGACUAGCAUUGUAUCUGGGGGUUAUGGUGGAACAGCAGAGGGUAUCAUCCCCACCAGCUCAAUCAAAGGCCCUGCUGUGCGCUACAAUGCAGAGUUUAACAAAAGGAUCCCAGUUUCAGCAUUAGGUUCCAACAUGCACCACAGCAGCAGCAGCUCGUCAAUGACGGCAGAGGAAUCGACCCGAGGUGUCGCUGUUGAAAAACUAGAAACGGUGAAGAAGUGGGGCAUCAACACUUACAAGUGUACAAAACAAAUGAUCUCGGAACGUUUCGGUCGAGGUUCCCGGACUGUGGACCUGGAGCUGGAGGCCCAGAUUGAGGUGUUGAGAGACACUAAAAGGAAAUACGAGAGUGUGCUGCGAUUGGCCAGAGCACUGACCAACCACUUCUACAACAUGGUGCAGACGCAGCAUGCACUGGGUGACACCUUUGCUGACCUCAGUCAGAAAUCUCCAGAGCUACGGGAUGAGUUUGGCUACAAUGCAGAGACUCAGAAGCUGCUGUGUAAGAACGGGGAGACCCUUCUUGGUGCCAUUAAUUUCUUUGUGUCCAGCAUCAACACACUGGUUAACAAGACCAUGGAGGACACCUUGAUGACAAUCAAGUUGUAUGAAAAUGCCAGACUGGAGUUUGAUGCCUACCGGUCAGACCUGGAGGAACUGAGUCUGGGUCCGAGGGACGCUGUAGCCAUGGCUCGCAUCGAUGCUGCUCAGCAACAGUACCAGCUCCAGAAGGAAAAGUAUGAACGCCUCCGCUCCGACGUCAUCAUUAAACUCAAGUUCCUGGAAGAGAAUAAGGUGAAGGUGAUGCAUAAGCAGCUCCUCCUCUUCCAUAACGCCAUCUCGGCCUACUUUGCUGGCAACCAGCAGCAGCUGGAGCAGACGCUGAAGCAGUUCAACAUAAAGUUGAGGCCCCCAGGGGCCGACAAGCCCUCCUGGUUAGAAGAGCAGUAAGAGGGUCCGCCGGCUCUCCUGCAGCCUCCUUCUCGACCACCUCCACCUGUUACCUGUUGAAACCCCCUACUUACAGAGGACCACUACAUAGGGAUACACCUCCAGAUGAUUGGGUGGAUGAAGAUGAGAGAUGAGCGUGUGGCUGGAUUGGACAGAUGAAUUGCAGGGUAUUAAUGAUGAAUGGGCCUCAGUGCAGCAGGAAAACAAGGCCAGUUUUAUGAACAGUCUGGGGGCUUUUAGUGCCUCUUCCCAACUCUCUUCUUUUUCACUCUAGCCCUCUAUUUGUGCUUUGUUCCCAGAGAAACUGUUCAUCUCUCCUUUCCCUCUCUCCUAUUCGACUCAGCCUUCUAUCUCAACACUAUUUUGCUGUGUGAGCUUGUACUAGUCAUGUUCAUGGCCAUUAACGUACUCCUCAAGUGCUCCCAGUGCUCUGAGUUCCUUGAAUCCCACGCCAUGUUAUUAACACAGACAGUUAAAACACACUCAAACAUGACCAAACACUACAUCAAAUCUCUUCCAGACCUUAUUGCUCUCCUAGUGUGCCUCCUUGCAUAUGAGCUAAUGUACUAAAUGAAUAUGUGGCCUCGAGGGAAGAAGGAUAAGUUAACUAAAAGAUUUCAAACUUCACACAAAGGGGAUUUGUAUGGUACACUGGAAAGGAAUGUUCAGACAUUUCAAAUCAAUGUACAUUUCAAAUUAAGUACUGUUUCACUCUUGAAAUAAAUAUUAUAUGAUUGUUUGUAGCUUCUAAAAGAACACAAUGUUGUGUUUUAGUAUAGUUUUUCCUUAAUUUGACUGUUAUCUAUGUUUAUUUUGUAAUUACUCCACUUCUAGUCAGCUGUAUGUCUGAUGCUUCAGACUGAAGGACAGUGCACUGUUUGGACCAAGUGUGCUGGUGUUUCCGACUGCAGUUACUGCAGCACUUAGUCUGUAAUUAUGAGAAAUGCUACAGUUUUCAGUCUUGACCUGAGAAUUCUUUUGACUUCAAUAUGCAACGAUCAUUUUAAGGAAUACUGCCACAGCUUCCCAAAGUCAUAUUGGUUGGGGUCUUUACUAAUUGUUUUUUUAUUUACCCAAAGAAAUGUUUAUUGGACGACGACCCUCGCUACGUUUUCGUGUUUUUUUUUGUUUGUUUAUUUUAAAGGAAUAUUGCUUGUUCAGUUCAGUUCAGUGGACUGAGGAGACUUUGAAGGACCGUGUCGAUGGGUAUGUCAGUCAGUUAAGAUCCAACAAACUUGAAUGGAUUCACUCCAUUAUUUAACUGUUUCACGGGCUGAAUCUGAAAGGAAUUCAUUACAUGUUUGCACUGAUGCAUUGAUGCAUUGACAUGUGUUUUUGUAUUAAAGGGGCACUUUGUGGUUUUUUGAAGAAAUUAAAACUCAGAUUUAUUUAUAUCCAUUAAUGGGGUAGUAAAACAAGCUCAGAAAUAAUUAUUUUUUCUAUGAUUGAAUAAAACAAGUUAUUCUUGAGGAAAUUUUGUUUAUUCAGUCAUUCAGGCAUAACGAAAUCAGUCAGUGAAGAUGUUCCUCUACAGAAUUUCCUCUCCAAAACUACAAAGUGCAACUUUUCAAAGGUGCAAUAUGUAAGAAAUGUAUUUAAAAACAAUGUAUUGAUGUUUUAACGCUAUGAAGUUUGAUGUUUUGUGUUGCAAAGCAUUUUUAGUGUGCUAACCAACUAGCCUCAGUCCAUCCUGGUCCAAAGCUCAAGUGCUAAAAGUGAAAACACAAACAGUUUCCUGUGGCUCCAAGCUCCCAGUUCAGACUGCUAGCUGCACAGCUAACUGAGCUAAUGGCAGGUAGCAGUUUACUUUGGUGAUAUGCCAUCUCCUGUUUGUUGAGAGAAUGAAUAAUGAAUUCAGCUGGGGGCCAGUUCUUACAUAUUGUACCUUGACGUUUGUCUUUCUAAAGUUAAAAAGGACAUAUCAUCGACGUCAAGGGUCAUAUCUUUUAAGCCCUCCUGAAACAGAAUAUGUUUGUCUUUGGUUACCUUUCUUCACACUGAAGAUUACUGUAGCUGUCUAAUAUUACUAAUCCAGAUAUUUUGACAUAGAAUCGUGUAAGUUAAUCGUUGGGGAAUGGGAGACCACUAAUGACUCAUCAUUUGUUUUAUCUGCUCUAGUUGAAACAUUGUCUUAGCAUAAUGGUAGUAAACAAUCAUCCAUUGUUGACAAUUAAGAGGAUGUCUUUCAAAAAAAAAUAUCAGCGUGGUACUGCAUCUGUAAUGUUGAAUUGUUAUUCAUCAGUGUAUUUAUUACAUUAAUUAUGUGUGGAAUCAGCAUAUUGUACACAAAAACAUCUGGUUUGAGCAAAUUACUCACUCAAUGGGUAUGGCAUUGACACAUUUUGCAGAUGGACAUGCCUCAGGAUAACCAAAUCUCUAACUGUUCUACUCCGAAACAUGUAUUGAUAGACAAGUGUUUUAGUUUCCCAGUGUAAACCCUCUGUGCAGUCACGUGAAGAUAAUCCAGUAUCAUGAAUGUUUUACCAUGCUGAAUUUCACUCAUGUAACCGAAGGGAGAGGUCUAUCAGUUAUUGGUCCUCUCAGCUUCAUGUGUCCUCUGUAUUUGCAUGGCAGACAGCAAUCCAAAGUACACGUGCAGAUAUGUGUGAAUGCACUGAUGCUCUACUCUUGGCCUUCUGCGCUCCAGCUCGCAUGGACUGGCACAUCGCCAUGCUUAUGAUUUUCGAAACCGGCUGAAGCAGGAUCCAGGAUGUGGAUUGAUUUAAAUGCUGCACUUUUGAAGACAAUUAUGAAAAAAAAACAAGUGGAUUUGAUGGAAGACAAUAACAGAAAUGGAUUCUAUGGUGUAUUUGGCUUGUGUUUUCAGAUUUUUCUUGUGUGUGUCAGCAUGUCAAAUGGGUGUAUUUUUAUUCUGGCUGAAAGAAAGUCACUCAGAUGUAAAAUCGCAAUUUCGCUGGCCAGCUCCUGGUCUGUUCGACCGCCACACAGCAAUAUUAACUAAAUGUGACUCCCCUUUUUCCGAACCUGCCCCUUUGAAAUUCCUAACCCCAACACCAAGAUGAAUGGCAAUAGGAUUUUUAUUUUGACUCAUAGUUGUGAAACCUCGAGUUGAAAUGGAAAAAAAAAAAAGCGUGACAAGAGUUUAAAGUCACUCUGCUAGCAGUCUUUACAUUGUUGCCAAGAGAGAACCAAGAUUUAUAAAAAAUUUGAUGUUUUAUUUGUGUACAAUCAAUGUUUUCUAGGCUGAGCUGGUGUGUUGUACUGUAUGUAUGAAUGAUUGCACAUAAUGGUAUUUAAAGACGAUAAAUGGAGCCGUGUCAUUGAUUGAUGUGAUACUCUGCCUUCAUUCCUCACUCAGAUCCUGAAAAGCCCCACCCCACCCCAAGGGAACAAAAUUAAAAGUACACAUUUUCAAAUGCUC